GUGGUACUAUAUCUGUCUGCUGCUCUGCUACCGUUGCUUUGCUGUCUCAAACAGUAAAACCCAGUAGUGUUGCUGCUAAAGGCUAAACCUUGCGUUGCGGUGGGGUGGGGGGAAAGAAAAGGAAGAGUGAGCAGGGUAGCUCUCUAAUCCGGCACUUGCUGUGGCUUUUCUCUCUCUCUGAUGAGAAAAACAUAUUGAAGGGAUAAAAUAAAUUGAAGGGAUAAAAGUGGGUGACUGAGAAACAACAAGGGAAGGGUGUGUGCGUGUGUGUGUGAGAGAGAGAGAGAGAGAGAGAGAGAGAGAGAGGUGGGGUGUGAUUGUGGGGGUGGGAUAUAUAGGAUUUAAAAAGAAAGUAAGAGGAGGGAAAGGAAUGCAGCAGCAGCAGCACCUGAUGCAGAUGCAGCCCAUGAUGGCAGCCUACUACCCCAACAACGUCACUACUGAUCAUAUUCAACAGUAUCUGGAUGAGAACAAGUCAUUGAUUCUUAAGAUUGUUGAGAGCCAGAAUUCAGGGAAGCUAAGUGAGUGUGCAGAGAAUCAAGCAAGGCUUCAGCGAAACCUGAUGUAUCUGGCUGCCAUUGCUGAUUCUCAGCCUCAACCGCCAACCUUGCAUUCUCAGUUCCCUGCCAGUGGGAUUAUGCAGCCAGGAGCACACUACUUACAGCACCAACAAGCUCAACAGAUGAGCUCACAAUCUCUUAUGGCUGCACGUUCCUCUCUGCUAUAUAGCCAACAGCAAUUCUCAGCCCUGCAACAACAGCAAGCCUUGCACAGCCAACUUGGAAUGAGUUCUGGAGGAAGCGGUGGGCUUCACAUGCUGCAGAGUGAGGCCAACAGUACUGGAGGCACAGGAGCUCUUGGAGCUGCAGGAUUUCCUGAUUUUGGUCGUGGCAUCACUGGGCAAGGCUUGCAGACUGCUGGAAGGGGAAUGGCAGGAGGGAGUAAGCAAGAUAUUGGAUCUGCUGAAGGGCGAGGGGGGAGUUCAGGAGGCCAUGGUGGUGAGGGGGGUGAGACUCUUUACUUGAAGGCUAAUGAAGAAGCUAAUUGAGAGGUAAGUGAAUGUUGUUCCAGUUUUAAUCAACUGACCUCUAGAUGAGAGGUGUAGGUAGUGACAAGUAUUUAGAUAAAUGCGUUGAAAGGCUAGCCAGUAGUAAAGAAUUGUUAUCUGAUGCAAACUGCGAUUCAACCAUGGAUAUAUUGCUUUUGCAGUUAAGACAAUGCACCUAUGGUAGUGUAUUAUGUAAAUUUGUAGGACGCAUUUUGAUCUUU